UCAGGAUUAUCCAGAGAACGACGGAAAGCGUCGGGCGACUGUGAAGGUGUAAAAUCACCCUAAAUACAAAACAACGUUUUUGAUUAAACAGUCUCCUGUUAACGUGUUGGGGUUAUCAAUACGUGUUUCACAAGUAAACCAUGUCAACCCCGGCCAGAAGGAGACUUAUGAGGGAUUUUAAACGGCUACAAGAAGACCCGCCAGCUGGUGUCAGUGGUGCCCCAUCUGAAAACAACAUCAUGGUGUGGAAUGCAGUCAUAUUUGGCCCCGAAGGAACUCCCUUUGAGGAUGGUACAUUUAAACUCAUUGUAGAGUUCACAGAAGAAUACCCCAACAAACCACCCACAGUACGAUUUGUGUCAAAGAUGUUUCAUCCAAAUGUCUAUGCAGAUGGCAGUAUAUGUUUGGACAUCCUACAGAAUCGUUGGAGUCCAACAUAUGAUGUGUCCUCUAUUCUUACAUCUAUCCAGUCCUUGCUUGAUGAACCAAACCCCAACAGUCCAGCCAACAGCCAGGCAGCUCAGCUGUACCAGGAGAACAAGCGGGAAUACGAAAAGCGUGUGUCUGCUAUCGUAGAACAAAGCUGGAGGGACAGUUGACCUGACAAUCCCCAUAGCUGCUCUCUCAGUUGUUAAGCUGUGUGUUGCGAGUUUUAGUGGAGUACCUCUUGAUUUUUGGGCCCCCCCCAUCUUUUUGAUUUUAAGCUUUUAUGCACUUUACCGUUAACUUCCCUUCAUAGAAUGUUUUUUUUUGCCCGUCGGGGAUUUAUUUUUUUCUAUUCUAUCCCCCAUUUUCCAGUCGGUCAGGGGAAAUGUGCUGAAUCUUGCCUUGAUGUUUUGUCAGUAUGGACUUGUGGGCCAUUACCCAAAAAUUCUGGUGUGUUCUUACUUGCUGUAAUAACUCCCCAUGACUUAUUAUGUUUAACGUCUUGGAGGGUGUAUGAAUUACGUCAUGGGUCGUUUUCUGUUGUGCUCCUUAUCUUUUCUUCCCGUUUGUUUUCACAAGGCAGUUUGUCAUCUCCAAUGUUAUCCAUCCUACCUUCCCUUGGGAGAAUGAGCAGCCUUAAACAUCACGGACUACAACUAAAUCAGACAUCUUUACACCGUGUCUUUUGCUGUGUUUUGAACUCUGUUACAUGCAUGACAGAAAGAGUGUAUUCGCGUUCCUGUUCAGUACUCAUGUAUAUAAUAAAGCUGCAACUGAAUUUAUGUACAGAUUUUACACUGGUUGUCCCCAUAUCAUUUUUUUCAGCACUUGUAAAUAAAAACAGCA